UUUUGUUAAGAUUUUACAAUUUAAUUAUUAAUGUAAUUAUUAUUUUUUAAAUUAAUUUUAACUAAACUUUCCAACUUCUAUAACGAUAUCUUUGGUAGGGUCAUGAUCCCAGUACUGUUAGGACUGCUCCCCAUUCUAAUCUUCCAAGCACUCUCUUCUCCUCUUCGUAUCUGUAUACUUUUUUUAUUUAUCACCUUCUACCAUUCUCCGUAAAAUCAGGAGGGAGAAAUUGGAGAGAGAGACGCACACAGAUUUCGUCGUUAAUCGUCGCAGCAGCUUAUGUCGUUAUAAUAUCUUGACAUCGAAUACUGGAUAUCCUUGUGUGAUUUUCACGCGUAUGUUUCUCUUCAGUGAUGGAUUUGCGUUUUGUUUUGUUUGCGAUCUUUUUGAUUCUCAAUGCAGCUUUUGUUUGUUCCACAGAUGACUCGAAGAACAAGAAACAAAAUUCAAACGAUGUUCGGCUUAGUGCAAGUAUCUUGAAUAAUUCUUUUCUGCAACAAGUGACAACAGAAAAGACAACGAUAAGAAAUAACGUAAACCGAUUUUUUACUCCAUCACAAACUUUUACUGUUAAUACUAAUUUCUUUCCUAGUUAUCUUGAUAAUGAUUUCCUUAAUUCCAUUCAAACCGAUUCAAAAGGUCCUAUUAGUUUGUCAAUACCUAGUAAUACACAAUCUAUUGGUUCUUCAAAACCUGGUACGACUACUUCUAAAGUUUAUUCUGCUGACCAGAUCUUUGAUCCGUAUUACAUCAAAUUCCCGACAAACUCGGCAGUGUCAGAACGUAAAUGCGAUGAAUAUGUAGAAGAAAUUGCGGGAUCGACCUGGAUAACGCCUCUGACUGGUACGUCGUCGGGCGCAAUUAAAGUGAUUAAAAACUGCGACGGUACAGUGAAUCAGUUGGUGGUUGGAGGCACCGAGGCCCGGGUCGGCGAGUUUCCUCACAUGGUAGCUCUAGGCAAACCCACUCCCCAGUUCCAACUGAAUUGCGGCGGCACGCUAAUUUCUCAUACCUGGGUACUUACCGCUGCGCAUUGCACUCAUGGGGGCAGUGGUGGUGCAACUCACGCAAGGAUAGGCUUCCAUAAAUUAACGGAUAAAGAUGGCAUCAUAAUUCCUAUCAAACGCACUCUAAGACACGAGGACUAUAAGCCACCCGCGCUGUAUGCGGACAUAGGUUUGGUUGAGCUCGUGAGCACCGUCAACUUUAGCAGACUUAUUCGACCUGCGUGUCUUUAUCAGAGCUAUGAUACCGUGCCUACACAAGCUUGGAUUAGUGGUUGGGGCGUUGUUGAAUUCAGCGGAGAGGUGAGCAAUGAACUGCUAAAAGCUCAACUAAAUCUGGUAGACAAUUUGAUGUGUACACAACAGCACAACAGUUCCCUAGCAGCUCCAUAUGGUGUUAAACCGACUAUGAUUUGCGCUGGUGGUCAGAAAAACCCCGGAAUAGACGCUUGCCAAGGAGAUUCUGGGGGUCCUCUACAAAUAAUCCAUCCUAGUAGUAAAUGUCUUUUUCAAGUGAUCGGUGUCACUAGCUUCGGUCAAGGUUGCGGAAUGGGAAUUCCUGGCAUUUAUACUAAAGUGUCCCAUUAUCUUCAGUGGAUCGAAGAAAAUGUCUGGCCAGGAGAAGAAUAACUUAUUUGAUUUUUACGAAAGAAAAGUUAACUUGCUCUAAUUAUUGCCUAUUGAAAGAAUUAAAGAUUGCAAAUGACUGAUUGAAUAUAUUACUUCAUUAUCUAUUGUACUGCAGUUGAAUAGUCUGUAAUUUUAACUAGAAUAUUGAAACAUAAAACCGUGAUUCUGAUUAGAAUAUUAAAAAACUCAUAAUAGAAAAUUGGUGAGUAAGUAUGGAUUAUUAUACUAUGCGAGAUUAGUAUUAAUCUUUUAAACUUUAAAAAUCAAGACAUUAUACUAUAUACUAUUGUAAAUAGUUCGCCAUGUAAGCCCAUUGCCAUAAAAGCUAUAAAUUAAUGUAACUAAGAUAUGCCAUCAGUCUCUUCAACAGCUAGUAAACAUUAUGACGAUAAAUUAUAUAAAUUUUUUGACGAUGAAAAUAGUGAAAAAUGUAUUUCAUAGUAAUAAAUAAAUACGUACAUUACGUUGACCAUACAAAA